CAACGUAACAACUUACACAGGAUAUAAAUUUUCUACCUAAAUGUCAUUUUUUCAAAGAUUGGUUACUUUUAGUGCGAAAAUUUUAAUUUUAUAAACUUUUUGUUGGUAGGAGUAGCCAACUUGUUCGUUGAUUGUUCAUGGGUGUUUUCAUGACAUUUGUGUUUCUGGAUUUUUCUAACUUAGGCUAAUAGAGCUUGGAUCCUGUGGUGGUAAUAUUACAUACUUCAGUGUACAGUGUACAGUGUCGAGUUUUUAUUCUUUCUAGAACAACUGGUAUCACUUCUUGUUUUCGUUAAACUGUUCUUAGGUGUAUUCAUGAUAUUUGUGUUAAUUGACAUUUCUACCUGAGAGUAGGCUAUUAAAACGGUUGUGGUUAUUUUUCAUACUUUAAUGUACUACAUGGAGUAGUUUAGAGUGCCCUGGAGCAGAUUGUUAGCUGGAGAACUCGGCGAUAUACAAAUUCAUUAUUAUUAUUGUUAUUAUGAAAAACAUCUGAUAUCACUUCUUGUUUACAAGGGAGAUUCAAGGAACAUUAACACUGAUAACAAAAAAAUUCACAAAAACAAGAACGAAAGAUACAAUCUAAUGGUUGUAAGAUUUCAUAGCUGAAAUUCAAAACAAAUAUUCAACCUUGGAAAAGGACUAAUAUCUUCGCAGUUAUCUUCUAUCAAAUGAUAAUAGGUUAACGUCUGUCGUUGUGUUGACGACCUGCGAAAACAUUACCAGGUAUUUGGGAUCUAUGAAAGGUGAUUAUCUGAGAAGGUAGAAAUUUCCAUGUGUGUUUGUAAUAUGGAUUGCCUCGUUUGUCAUCACCAGGCAACUGGUAUAACAGGGUAUAACUUACCCUCCGUUUUAGAAAAUGAAUGGCGAAAAGAUUAAAGAGAUACAGUGCACCACCCAUGUUGCGGCAAUACCCUGACCCGUCUAAGCCUCCACUAGGUGAUGACGAACAAGCUAGUCUUAGCGACGGAUGCAGCAAGAAGGUUAAGACGUCGCAAUCGUUUGAAUCGUUAUUCGACAACGAGAGCUUGAGUGACGUCAUUCUGAAUCUAAAUGACGGACACAGCAUCUUCCACGCUCAUAAAAUGAUUCUGAGUAUGAAGAGUGACAUCCUGGCAUCCAUGUUAAAUAAACUCGUCACGGAACCUGGUACGAAACCCACGUUAAACUUUCAAGAAUCUUUGGAUUGUACUUUAGUGUUUAGUCGAUUUUUAUAUUUUAUCUACAGCGGUGCCGUAUGGUUGCAUCGCGAUUACGUCAUAGCGCUGUACAAACUGGCGAAUAAAUAUUCAGUUCGUCCGCUUGCGUCGCAUUGUGAGAGUUAUAUUCAGCAACUUCUGAUCACCACCAGUUUUAACGUAAGUGACGUUCAAAUGGCGAAAGGAUUCAGUAUCGAAGCCAUCAGUGAAUUGUGUGACAAUCCAGUUCAUCCAGAGGAAGUUAAAAAAAUAGCAUUCCGUGUCUUAUGUACGAGAUUUCGUGAACUUACUAAAAGUGUUUGUUGGACAUCAUGUUGUUGGGAGACGGUGCGCGAUUUAAUUCGCGAUAAUGAGUGCGAAGACGAGAACCUUGUGCUAAUGGCUGCCACGGACUGGAUGAAAAAGAAUAAAAUAAGUGAUAAGAAACAAAUUGAGGCAAUUCUGUCAAACAUUCGUUACCCGUUACUCAACAGACGUGUUUUGUAUCAGUUACAGAAAAAUUACGCUUUUAAGAAAUUUCCGCAGGUGCAGGAUCAGUUGCUCGAGGCGAUGAAGUUUCAUUGUUUUAGAGAGUUGCCAGAGGCUAAGGAUGACUUUCAUGGCAUACAAUACAUGACACGACAUCGAUUUGUCACUCAUGUGACGUCCGUGCCACCGACAAGUACAACAGUGACAAUGACAAAUUACACGAAUGAAGGACAAACAAAGAUUAAUGAACAGUUUCCUUUAAGUUGACAUGAAAACAACGGGUUCACGUAAAGAAAAUCUUAAUUAUAUUCUCAGUGCUAGAAUCAACUAUAGCAGCUCCAAUUUAUUAGGAAAAGUUUCAAGUGAAAAAUGAAUAAUUUAAAUAUGUUUGAGGUGCUAAAAUUUUCUUACUGAUCAAGUUUACAGGAUUUAAUCAAAUUAAAAUUUACUUAUUAUUUAUAUUUUAUUAUCAGCCAUGUGCACGUUAUUUCACAGCCCUGAGUCUGGAUAUGAUCUUAUACAUGAGUCUGUACACAAUCUUUAACAGGGGCCAGAAUAUGAUCUUUAACAGAAACCUGCAUAUGUUUAACAUGAGACAGAAUAUAAUUUUAAACAGGGGCCUGAUCUUUUACAGGGGCUUGAAUAUGAUCUUAAACAGGGACCUGAACGUGAUCUAUCAUAGGGACCUGAUCUUCUACAGGAACUAGAAUGUUAUGUUUCACAGAGGCCUGAAUAUGAUCUUUAACAGGGACCUGAAUAUGAUCUUUAACAAGGGCCUGAACAUGAUCUUUAACAGGGGCCUGAACAUGAUCUUUAACAGGGGCCUGUAUAUUAUGUUGCACAGGAGCCUGAACAUGAUCUUUCACAGUAAAGUGACAUUUUGUCAACUUAUCUCAAGACUUCAUGCAUAUUAUUUAUUAUUCUAUAAAAUUAUAAUAAGUAUUAUAUUGUCAAUGAUUUCUCGUACUGUAUUACAAUAUGUGAUGAAACAUUGUAUUACAUUGUAUUACAUUGUCAAUGAUUUCUUGUACUGUUUUACAAUAUGUGAAACAUUGUAUUUUAAUUAAUUUUCUGAUCUUUUUAUUUUUUUG